CUCUCGUAUCCUACCCUUCACCAUUGUCAAUCCUCCCUUAACAGCGACUCGAUCAAUUGCACUCUUUGAGGUGAUCUUUGUGAGUGCUCUAUUUGCGGCGCGCGGCCAUGAACUCGCUACGUCAGCUCCCUCGCCGUAAGGCGCUACACAGUUUGGCCGUUCCCACGAUCCAGAGUUCCAGCGCGAGUCGGUUAUGGCAGAGAUCUUUCAACGGCACUUCAUCUAUUGCCUCCCACCUAGCUGGACUUGAUCCUUCAAAGCUCACAGUCACCAAGACUAGCACCCCUAAAGAAUUGACUCCUGCUAAGGAUCUUGUUUUCGGAAAGACAUUUACUGACCACAUGCUUGCUAUUGAAUGGUCAGCAUCCAAUGGCUGGGAUGUCCCUCGCAUCGUUCCGUACCAAAACCUUAGCUUGGAUCCCUCGGCUUGUGUAUUCCACUACGCAUUCGAAUGUUUCGAAGGCAUGAAGGCAUACAAAGACAAUAAUGGUCAAAUCCGACUAUUCCGCCCGGAUAAAAAUAUGCAGCGCUUGAACAAGUCUUCAACGCGAAUUGCCCUCCCUACCGUCGAUGGUGAGGCUCUAACCCAACUGAUCGGGGAGCUCGUAAAACUAGAUAGCCGAUUCAUCCCAAGUGCCCGAGGCUACUCGCUAUACCUGCGACCCACGGUCAUUGGCACGCAAAAUACUCUCGGAGUCGGACCACCAGGUUCUGCCCUUUUGUUUGUAAUCGCAAGCCCCGUUGGUCCUUAUUAUCCCACUGGUUUCAAGGCCAUCUCGCUAGAGGCCACCGACUAUGCUGUUAGAGCCUGGCCUGGCGGUGUGGGUGACAAAAAGUUGGGUGCGAAUUACGCACCAUGCAUUGUCCCUCAACUAAGCGCGGCCUCUCGUGGGUUCCAGCAGAACCUCUGGCUUUUUGGUGAGGAAGAAUAUGUGACUGAGGUUGGCACGAUGAACCUCUUCAUUGCGUUGAAGAACAAGGAAACAGGGCAGAAGGAACUAGUCACUGCUCCUCUGGAUGGAACCAUUCUUGAAGGUGUGACCCGUGACUCCGUAUUAGGACUUGCUAGGGAAAGACUAGUGCCGAAGGGCUGGACUGUGUCUGAGCGCAAGAUAAAAAUGUCAGAGGUUGCUGAAGCAGCAGAUGAGGGUAGGCUGGUUGAGGUGUUCGGAUCUGGCACCGCAGCCAUUGUUAGCCCCGUACGGAACAUCAGCUACAAGGGUAAGUUGGUCGACUGCGGCUUGAAGGAGAGUGAGGAAGCUGGAGAGAUUGCUUCCCAGAUGAAGAACUGGAUCGAGGGGAUCCAGUAUGGCGAUGAAGAUCACAGCUGGAGCUACGUCCUCUAAAGGACGCUUUAGUCUCAAAAAAAAAAAAAAAAAAAAAAGGCCUAUAGACUGUCUUGUAGGCUUUUCACGUUGCUCCGUGGGUCUAGACAAUAAGAAUCUUUUGCACUUUCGGGUUAUUACACUGCUAUUGCUUGAUUUGAUUCCGUCAACUAGCAUAACCGCUAUCUUAACAUUAUAGUGUAACCUGAAGUGAGUACGCAGAAAGCUUAGAGAGAUUAUAACUUUGCAUAUUUUCCUAUCUACCAGAGUCCUGUGAGUCUUACCGUAGACUCGAUUUAAGUCAGUACUUGGAAAUCGAGCACCAAUGGAUAAUAACCAAUGAAUGGCGGCAUUCUAGUUAUUCUCCCAGAAGGGGCAAUGAUCAACUGUGCAGCAACUAUGCGCUUGAAUCUCAAGUUCUCGCCGUCCCGCAGACACAGCCGCCAUCAUGCGGGAAAUACGAUU